AUGGAGAGGCCUUCAUUGGAAAUUAACCUGCCUGAUACUCAUGAAGAAGGAAAACUUUAUGUAGUUGAUUCUUUAAACAACCUAAACAAACUAAAUGUUUGUCCAGAUGAAUCCCAACAUGUGCUAGAUGAGGAAGAGAACACUGAUGGUGCUGCAGAAAACACGGCAGGGAGCAACAUAUCAAAUAAUCAGCGUUUGUUCUUCGUGACCUUUAUUCUUACUUUGAUCAUCAGUUUGGCACUCAUUUCAUUUGUAAUCUUCUUAAUAAUUCAAACUAGAAACAAGUUGGACCAAAUAUCAAGCAGACUAAUAUCUGAAAAGAAGAACAUAGAAGAGCUCAAGAAAAUGCACGAUAUGAUAUUAAAGCAUCUAAAUCAAUCAGGAACUCAGGAAAAGGGGAGAGACUUCUUCACACAGUCUCCUGAUCUUCAUGAUUACCUCUUUACUCAUGCUGAGCUGAAGGUCCCUGGAGAAUAG